GUUUGAAUGUUUUGUAACUGCUACAAAAGGGCCGCAUCUAUUCAUUAAAGCGCGUAGUUCGGAAUCUGUGGUUAACUACUCCUUAAGUGAACAUCCGUAAUUCUGAUAUGAGUGAUAGAAGGAGUCGUAAUGCACCUCGCGGAGUGAGUGAUGAUAGAGUCAGAGGGGUAGUAAAGUGGUUUAACGUUAAAGCUGGCUACGGCUUCAUAACACGGGCUGACACAUCAACUGACAUCUUUGUUCAUCAGACAGCUAUUUCGCGAAAUAACCCUGGAAAGAUGCAGCGGUCAUUACAAGAAAACGAGGAAGUUGAAUUUUUUGUGGUUGAAGGCGAUAAAGGAGUAGAAGCAUCCGAUGUUACUGGUCCCGAUAGGAAACCGGUUAAGGGGAGUGACUACGCAGCCAAUCGUCCAUUCGGACGCAGUCCCAGAGAAUUUGGCAUGCGAAGUGAUAGGGAUGAUUCCAAUGGCUACAGAAGCAACGGUUUUGGAAAUUACCGUUCCAGAGGCCAAGGUCGUAACGGAACAAAGGUAAAUGAAGUUAAUAUGCAUUUGAGUCAGUCCUAACCCACUGUACAACUUGUUGAUUUUGUCGUUACUCCUUUGUUUUUGAACUAGCAUCUAGGGUAAAGUACUGACUAGACUACUUGUUCUGCGCUUGGAGUCAGUCAUUUGAUUAAUCUUGUAUCCUGCUAAUAUCCGUUAGAGGUCUGCAGUAGAUAAGUUUAUUGAGGUCCAUUUACAAGUCAAAGGACGAAGUGUUAGAUAGUUGACUUAAUUAAUUAGGUCAUACGAGCAUUAGCAGUUCCCACAUCAGUCCCUGUUUGUGUUUCUCCAGUGAAAUUCUGAUGUGUUGCGACGUAAGUAUAAAUGCAUUUCAGAUGGUCACUGAGCUAUAUCAACAGGAUCAGGUGUGAGGCUGUCGGCGAUGGUUUGUGCAGCCAGGUCAUAUUAUCUACCUCAGGGUACUCGUAGGUAACUCAUGUUUCUAAGCGCAAAUCUUCGAAAAACAUCUUUCCUCUGGUUCUUAGACUUAUUUGAAGUCUGUGAAGCUUACCUCGAUGUAGAUAACUUAGUUCAUGAAGAAACAAUUUAUUUACUACCACGAGUUAUACUCCUCUUCAGUGGUGGAAACAACACUUUGGAGACUUUUAAAUGUAUGAUGUGAUUAUCUUGAUUAAAACGUGUUAACUCAGGUUCUGUGGGUAUGAAGACUGUUUAUCUCGAAAUAACGCCAAUAUGCAAACCGUCAGUCACUCAAAUCGGCUCGGAUAUGCUCACGCAACUACUGUAGGUGUUUUUGGGAGAGAAAAAGGAAGACCACUUACCGACAAAAAGUUAAGCUACCUUGUUAAACUGCCAACUGGAAGCAAUUGGCGCAAAAUCGUGCUGUUAUCCACUCCAGGCCAAAUCUUGAUGCGCGUUAUCCUGAACCGGCUAAAAAUUGCACUGAAUGGAAGACUUGACCGGGAACUGAUUGCGUUCAGGCAAAACAAACCAUGCACUAGUCAAACUACCAUGCUUUGGAUCAUAAUCAACAAAGUCUGGAAUGGUAUUGCUUUCAUAUCUCAACUCCAUUGACUUCGGAAAGCCUUCGAUAGCAUCAACUGUCAAAAAAUUGUGCUAUUGUUUCAAUACUAUGGAGUACCGUGCCAAAUACUUAUAUGAACCUUAUUAAAUAGCUAUACGUGUCAAGCGUUUAAAUGGACAUAGAAGUAAGACGAGAUUGUUUGCAUUGAUCAUCCUGAUAGCUGCAACCUGGACAUCAGACAGGUCCUCGACUGGGACACGAAUAUGAAGCGUUGUGUUGACUGUUUAUUCGCUGGUGACAUGAAGAUCAUAUGAGGAGGGAAUGAAAACUUGAAAGUAGUCGUCGAGUCAGUUGAAAGUGGCAGAUUAUAAUGUACAGUGAAGAUGGAUGGUGAUUACUCACGAAGAUUUGCUGACAGAAAUCCACGUGAUCGUAGCAGAGGAUACGGCUCAAAAGACAAUGGAGGCUACUAUUCCAGCCCAUAUUAACUUCAAUCAUUGUUGUACAUAAUUGCAUUUUAAUGCCUAAUUUGUACAUUUUUCUUCUCGUAAUGUCUUCUUCUAGUUAAAAGUGUCUAUGCUUUUUCUGUUGACAUGACGAUCUCUGCAUUUAUAUAUAUUCAAAUAAACGCAUGCAAAUUCUAGCUAUGAUAAUGAAGCCUGUCAGUUAGUUGAACACUGUCAGAAAGUUAAUUCGUACAUUGCUUUAAGGAAUAUGCCAAGAGAUAGAUAGAUACAUAGUACCUUAGAUGCAAAAAAUUUUUGUCCAGCAGUUGAAUUGAUAUCAAUUAACUUGACAGUGGUAGCUAGCACGAUUUCAGGUAACCAGGAUUCCCUUCUGUGUGUUGUCGGUAUGGAUUCUGGAUGAUAAAGUUG